AUGGAUUCCGACACAUCAUUAGUCCCGACAGCAAGUGCUCGCGAAGCUCUAACAUCGGAAAGCUUAUGCAGUUGUCAGCUGCACUUACAUGCCACGCAUUUGCAGCCGGAGGCCAACAGCAUGAGCAACACCAGACACGAAGCCGAGCUUGCAGCCAUGCCGAAAUUCUCGCGGUACGCAAGGCUCCGUGCAGCUGACGAGGAGGCUGGCAAGGACCGGCUGCGUGCGCGGCUCGUGUGGCUCCUGGUGGUGCUGGAGACGAUCUCCAUGCUUUGCAUUCCUCAGGUGGCCACUCUCACGCACGGAGUGUUCUUUCUGAUCCCGCUGGGGGCGCUCUUCCUAGCUGCCGCGAUCCGACUUUACUCCAGGCCUCGCAUCCUGCUGGCUGAGCCACUUUGCAUCCUUUGGCCUGACAACCAUUCACGAUACGGCCUGGCGCGUGAGCAGGCGCCCAACCUUCGCUUUGGUGGCUUCGUGUGGGUUCUGAAGCUUGUGUGCGCUUUGACUUUCUGGGCGAGCCCCGCUGCCUUCAGCUUCCUGGGGGACAGUUGCCCUGACGCAGUCCCACGCCCGAAUUGCAGCCGUUACACACGAGAGGAUGGAAAUACGGUGUGCAUGGACGUACAUGUCGUUUACGAGCCGCCAGAUGCCAGACGCACCCGCAUAAGCCUGUAUAUGCUUAAAGAAAACACAUGCUUUGAGCAGUGCUAUGGUUGUGCGCGUUGGGAGAACUUUGCCCAGAACAGCUCAACGGACCUGCAGGGCUGUUAUGACCCAUGUGAUUUAUCGUGCUGCAAUUGCCUGCACUGCUACCUUUCAGUGCCUAAUUGGUUAGGGCAAGGAUGCGCUGCUGGAGCUUUCGAGCCAGAUCUUGCACAGGAGCUAUUUGGGUGUGCACAUGGCAAUAUUGGAUGCAUGAUGCCGAAUCCACUUCCGUACUAUGAGGCGCAGACGCUGAGUGUGGAAAACACUAUGCUUGCACAACUUGCUCGCUGCGCCUUGGUCCAUUCUGAAAAGUCCAGUCCAGUCAAGGGUGCGGUGGCGGUAGUCUCAGCGUUGCAGUGCUUGCCUUCAGCCUCUUUGGUGGCCUGCCUUUUGCUGGGCAUCUGGGUGCAUCUGCUGAAGGGCGGAAUUGCCUCUGUCAAACUGGGUGCUGUCCCCGCGGAGCUUGAGACCAUUGAAACCAUAGAUGCAAAGGCAGCGCAGCUGCAAGACCAGAUUCGGCAUAGAAGACUGGAAUCCUCGCCCAAGGUGAAGCUCCAGCUUUGGAUGGAGUUUGUUGUUUUCCUGCUCGACUACCUGUCAGACUACAACUGCCUCCGAACUUUUGUCGUGGAGGGAGCCCACGGUGUGGCAGCCGUGCAGGCUGUCAUCAUCGCUGCUCCGGUAGUCUUAGACUGCUUGCGUGGGAAGAUUCAACUGGUGGAAGUAUUCCGGGGAUUGAUGGAGUCACGGAAGCGCGGCUUUCCUACCGACGACUUCAUCCUGGCGCUGCGCUCGGAGAAGAGCCUGGAGGCCCCACUUUCCAUGUUCCUGCAGUUCUACACGCUGUUGCGGAGCACACGCCCCUCGUCCGUCUGGAGCCUUUGCAUCUCCAUGCCGCUGAGCAUCCUGGGCAUUGCAAAGCAUGUCCACGGAACCUUUGAGCUGCAGAUUUUGGAGGGCACAGCAACACUCCCCAGCACCGACCAGGGCCCGGACCUGCUGCAGGUCCGUGGUUCCACCCAGGUCAUUCCGGACCUGCCUCCAGGCAUUGCACCCCGUGCCGAGCUUCUUCCGACCCUGCCUCCCGGCAUCGCGCCCCGUGCAGGCAUCGCACCCCGUUCCGAGCCUCUUCCGACCCUGCCUCCCGGCAUCCCCCCCGUUGGCGCACUUCUUCCCAUUACGGUGGGGAGCUCAAAGGUGAAG